CACCCGGACAAUUUCUGAUGUACAGGAAGUGGAGUCGCAAUUCUCUUGUUGAAUCUUUUCGCAAAUUUUCAUCGUUAAAAUAUUAUUUAUUUGCUCUCUUACUUAUUUCAUUUGUAUGAGUUAAAUUAGAGUUCCCAAUAUGUUGAUUAAAGUGAAGACCCUCACAGGCAAAGAAAUAGAAAUUGACAUCGAGCCUACAGACAAGGUGGAGAGAAUUAAAGAGAGGGUGGAGGAAAAGGAGGGCAUCCCACCACAACAGCAAAGACUGAUUUACAGUGGAAAGCAAAUGAAUGAUGAGAAAACAGCUGCAGACUAUAAGAUUCAGGGAGGAUCUGUUCUGCAUUUAGUUCUGGCCCUCCGAGGAGGAGAGGACCUUCAUUGUCCUAGCGGUCAUCCUGUGUCUUUCGUGUAAUCUGUACAACAAGGCUUGUAAAUUUAAGAGGUUAUGUCUAUAAGAACAGACUUGCCAAAAUGCCAGUGGACAUUUGGCCAUGUCUAAAUCAGGGGUGGGUAUUUGUGGUCCUGGAGGGGCACUUUCACAGGUCAUUUCCAUGUAAUCCUGCAGCCUUUGGUUAGAUUUUUUAGGUGUGUUUGAUUUUGGUUGGAGCUGAACUUUGCAGGACAGUGGCUCGCCAGGACCACAAAUGCCCACCCCGAUCGAAUUGUUGUUAGUGUUGCCUAGGAUCCUUGUUUAAGUGGGCCUAAUGCAGAUGAAUUCUGAACACUGUUUACAACCUGUGAAUUUGGGUUUAAUGUGAAGUUUAUCUCCAUGGCGUACAGCUGCAGUAUUUGACACAAUUGCACUGGGAGGGAAGUUUUAUUUCUGUUUCAGGAUAAACACUGCUUCCUUUGUAACAUGUUUAAAAAUCAGUAGUGCUUGUUUAAAUUUUACUUUUUAAAGGUGGUAACUAAAAACACUGCACCCAAUAGUCUUGUCUCAAACAGCUAUGAGAUGUUCUCCAUCCUAAAAAAAAACUGCUUAAAAGCAAUGCAUAAUAUUAUAUAUGUGUUUAUUGUAUGAAAAAUGCAUUAAACAAUGUAUAAUUAUGGUUUCACACACACAAUGAGUUUGAGAAGAAUGAUUAGGACUUUAUAAAUAUAUGAGAAUGUAA